AUGAGUAAACAACCAGAACAACAUCUACAUCAACUACUUCCACAACGACAACGAAAACUACUUCAACAACGACAACGUCAACCACUUCAACAUCGACAACGACAACCACUUCAACAACCACAACCAGCACGAGUACAUCAACCACAAGCAGCACAAGUACAUCAACCACUUCGACUACAACUUCAUCAACUAGUACAAGUGCCACUUCAACAACAAGCACCAGUGCAACAAUAA